AUGGCCAUGAACCUUCUGGAAGAUUGGUGCCGGGGGAUGGAAGUGGACAUCCACAGGUCCCUGUUGGUCAUAGGCAUCCCAGAGGACUGUGGACAUGCAGAAAUUGAGGAGACCUUGAAUGGGGUGCUCUCUCCCCUGGGCUCAUACCGCGUGCUCAACAAGAUUUUUGUGAGGGAGGAGAAUUCCAAGGCUGCCCUCAUCGAGGUUGGCGAGGGUGUGAAUCUGAGCGCCAUACCCCGGGAAUUCCCAGGAAGGGGCGGUGUCUGGAGAGUGGUCUGUAGAGACCCCACCCAGGAUGCCGAGUUUUUAAAAAACUUGAAUGAAUUCCUGGAUGCCGAGGGGCGCACCUGGGAGGAUGUGGUCCGCCUGCUCCAGCUCAACCACCCCUCGAGGUCCCAGAACCAGAAUCAAACCUCAGAGAACUGGGCAGAAUCUUUGGGGGUGCUCCUGGGCGCGGUGGUGCAGAUGAUCUUCUACACGGAUGCUGAGAUCCGCAGUCGGGAGGAAGCCAGGGCUCAGGAGGCUGCCGAGUUCGAGGAGAUGGCAGCCUGGGCUUUAGCAGCAGGGAGGAGCGUCAAGAAGGAGCCAGGGCUGGCUGCAGAGGUGGGCUCUGCCUUGAAGGUGGAGAACCCCGACAACUGGAAUGAGGUAGAAAACCAGGGUGACCCUCCCAAGCCUUUGGUUCGCAGGGCUGGCGCUAAGAUUCGCUCCAGGAGAAAGAAGCAGAGGAAAAACCCCAAGCAGGAACCAGUACCUUGGAGAAAGCCCAAAGGCAGCCACUCCAGCAGCUCAGCCUGCUCGGAGGAUCCUGGCGCCGAAGGCAUGGAGAUCUCAGAAUCUCUCAAGAGCAACAAAAAGCCCUGCGUGAAGCAGGAGGAGGUGGCCUUGAAGAAGCCCAUGGCAAAAUGUGCCUGGAAGGCUCCCAGAGCGCCCCCUCCCGAGGCCCCUGCAGAGGCUGAGGGCCUUGGCGCCGCCUCUGAGUCAGACCAAGAUGGCGGCCAGGAGAGCCCCCCGAAGAAGAAGGCCGUGGGCUGGGCCUCGGCGAAGAACCCUGCUCCCAUGAGGAAGAAGAAGAAGGUGAGCUUGGGCCCUGUCUCUUACGUCCUCGUUGACUCCGAAGAUGGCAAGAAGCAGCCGGCGAUUCCGAAGAAGGUGCCGGGCUCGAGAAGGGAUGCGUCAGCUCAGAAGGCCCCUCGUGGCCCGCGGCCCACUGAGUCACCAGCCUCAACAUCCAGGGGUCCGAAGGCCAAGCCAGAAGGCUCUCGUGAUGACACCAAUGGUGAGAAUGACAGCAGAAGUGUUUGA